AUAAAUACAGACGCGGCUGGAGCCCGGGCAGAGAAGCGGUCGGGGGUUUUGAAUCGUCGUCAAGGGGUGGAGGGAAAGUGGCGUCCUAAAAAAACACGAAACCGUCCAGCUCAGGUGGCAUCUCCGGGUUUCCUUUUGGCCACCGAGCAUCUUUAGAGCUUCUGCUUUGGAGGCAGCCCAAGGCGCGCGGUCUCUCUCUCUUGCGCCUUGUAUUAGUAUUAUUAUUGUUUUGUUUGUUUCAUUAUUUUUCUCUCCCGACGGGCGUCCCUCUCUUUCGGUUGCCUGCAAUGCCUUUUCUGGGGCAGGACUGGCGAUCACCGGGCCAGAACUGGGUGAAAACGGGGGAUGGCUGGACCAGGUUCCUGGACGGGAAGGAGCACGGCGGCUGCGACAACGAGAAGAACAGUUACUGCUGGAAAGAGGAAUUCAACAAGGAGAACAUCUUCCACAACCUGAACUGCGAUGUGGCUGCGAAAAAACGAAAGAAGGACCAGCUGAACAAUAAGACCAGGAUUCAGUAUUUUCACCAAGAAAAAUGGAUUUAUGUGCACAAGGGAAGCACCAAAGAACGCCAUGGCUAUUGCACCCUGGGAGAAGCUUUCAAUAGACUGGAUUUCUCUAACGCUAUUCUGGAUUCCAGAAGGUUCAACUAUGUUGUACGGUUGUUGGAGCUGAUUGCAAAGUCUCAGCUGACAUCACUGAGUGGAAUCGCGCAGAAAAACUUUAUGAAUAUAUUGGAGAAAGUUGUGCAAAAAGUUCUGGAAGAUCAACAGAAUAUCAGACUGAUAAAAGAACUGCUGCAGACUCUGUACAUGUCACUUUGCACCUUGGUCCAGAGUGUUGGCAAGUCUGUUCUAGUUGGCAACAUAAACAUGUGGGUCUACCGAAUGGAGAUGAUUCUUCAUUGGCAGCAGCAGCUGAACAAUAUUCAGAUCACCAAGCCUGAUUUCAAAGGGUUGACUUUCACAGACCUGCCCUUGUGUUUACAACUAGAUAUCAUGCAACGGCUGUCAGAUGGGCGAGACAUUGUGAGUCUUGGGCAAGUGACUCCAAGUCUUCAGGUGCUCAGUGAAGACCGACUCCUCUGGAAAAAACUCUGCCAUUACCACUUCACAGACCGACAGAUACGCAAGCGGCUAAUACUGUCAGAUAAAGGGCAUUUGGAUUGGAAGAAGAUGUACUUCAAGCUUGUGAGAUGUUAUCCGCGGAAAGAGCAAUAUGGAGAUACUUUGCAGCUUUGUAGACAUUGUCAUAUCCUUUCAUGGAAGGGCACUGAUCAUCCCUGUACGGCUAAUAACCCAGAAAGCUGCUUGACUGCUCUUUCGCCACAAGACUUUAUCAACUUGUUCAGAUUCUGAAUUCCCUAAUAAUUUCACUACCUAUCGUAUUGUUCUGAUGGGACACUACACUGCUGAGCAGAAUGGCUCAGUUUGUAUCAUAGCGUGUAAAUAAUACGGCCUGAUUGUUUCUGAGUCAAAGACGACAAGAGACUUUUAGGAGGCAGAAGUAGCCAUAAUCUCAUGGCCUUGGACUCUUGAGAGAAUAUAGCCUCCUAGUUGGACUUAUGUAAAAAGGCAAGAUUUUUGUAAAUAUUAAGCUUGGUAAGAAUUGGUGUGCAAACUUUCGUUGACAGUUUAGGAAAUGCAAAGAAGAGUCACCCUGCAAAUAUUUGGAAAUGUCUUCUGGAUUUUCAAAGCCAGAGGAAUGAUACACUGCAGUUAGGUUAAAGCUUGGAACUAUUCCCAACUCUGCUUUUUUUAUUUGUUUGCAGAAGAUAUUUAUACCUAAAACUUUUAAAAAAAAAAGAUUUACAAGGAUAUAUCCCUUUAUUCUUUAAAAAAAAUGAACUGAAUCCGGAUAAAAUUUCCCAGUUUCUACCUCUGAAACAGCUUUCCAAAUAAACCAGUGUGUGGUAUAAAGCUUCUGUACAUCAUCUAAAGAGAUGUGUGGUUUUUUUUAAAAAAAUCUGUUGAUAGUAGCUUUCCUGGUGCUGCUUUUUGUAACACUUAAGUUUUAAUUUAUCUGGCUAUCUUUUUAUGGUAUUUAAAUGUAACCGAGUCCUGGGAAAUUUGGAAAUUUCCCGAGGUCAUUCUUGGAUACCAUUGAAAGCUGACUAUGUUGUAAGUACAGCUUAGGCAGCUGGAUAAACUACUUGAGUAGACCUUUUAUUAGAAACACGUUUUGGUUUUUCAACUUUGCAUGCAGUGCAGAUGUUUACUCAUUAUCUUAAGAAAAAAAAACCCCAACCAUCUUUCUGCAAUUUAAAUGUGGAAGAUUACCCCUCUCAAUGAGGAUUGCAGUAUUUGGGCUGCAAAAUAUGAGCAGCCAUUAGAUGUCAGGAAAGAGAGAGUUUCUAAACUCUUUGCUGACAUCUACUGGUCACUGCGCACUUUGCAACCCAGGAAUAACUACCUUAUGCUAGAGGGCAUAAUGCGUGUUCCUGUGAUCUCAUGAACCGAGUUUGGCAGUUUUGAUAUCAUUUGAUGUUAAAAUUGAUGAUGCCACAUGGGUUAUACCCAGAGCCUUCCCUCGGAUAAAAGAUGAAAUAGCUAAGAAGCCUCUUCCUAUUUGCUAACAUGGGUUUUUUGAAUCCUGAGUGUAGAUGAAAUACCUAAUUUUAAGAAAAAUUAGAGAUACAGGCACGCUGCAUAUCCAGGUAAUGACAUUUCUAAUCACAAAUUCAGACAUCGUUAUAGCUGAGAAAGAGCGUCUGAAUCACCAAAACAUUAGUCUUUCUCUUUGAAGCAUUCCCUCUAUAGAGUAGGAAAAAUUCCCAUAUGGGCAUGGUGUCAUUUGCAUCAAGGGUUGAGGGUUUGAGACAUUGAUACGGUCAGGAAAAUAGGAAGUCAGACUGGAAUACAGGUAGCUCUUGACUUACAACAGUCUGUUUAAUGACAAAGGUACAACAGCGACCAUUUGUUGCGCUUACAACUCACCAUAUCCUCUUGAUCACUUGAUCAAAAUUUUGGCACCUGGCAAUUGGCAUGUAUUUACAAUGGUUGUGGCAUCCUGGGGGUCUGAUUGCCAUUUGGAACCUUCCCACCUACCUUCCAAUAAGCAAAAUCAAUAGGGGAAUCCAGAUUCGCUUAGCAACCGUGUGAUUCACUUAGUAACUGCAACAAUUUGCUUACCCACCAUGGCAAA